AUUCGGCAUGAUGCAAAGUUUUGUCGCUUGUUCUGCACUUUACAAGACCGGAAAAUGUAGUCUUCACUACAGAAAUAUAUCAAAAUUGUGCGUUCCUUUUGGUUUCUGCAAAAGUUUCUUGCCUCGCAGUUUCUCUGGGAGACUUUCAGUCGGUGCUCCUAGGUCAAACACCACACAUUGUAAGAAGACGCUUGUUUGCACCCUUAGGAAGGUUUUGGUUCCUAUUGCCAACGGAACUGAGGAAAUUGAAGCAGUUACUAUUGCAGAUACCCUGGUACGUGCUGGAGCUCAAGUCACCAUAGCUUCUGUGGAGAAUCAGUUACAAAUAACUGCCAGUAGAGGUGUUAGAAUCGUGGCAGAUAAGUUAAUUUCAGACUGUACAAAUGAACAAUAUGACUUGAUUGCAAUUCCUGGAGGAGCGAAAGGGGCAGAGAAACUUGGCAGUUGUGAAGAGUUGAUAACUUUAUUAAGGCAACAGCAGCAGAGCGGAAAAUUUAUUGGUGCUAUUUGUGCGGCUCCCGCUCUCGUUCUUGCGGAAAAUGGGUUUCUUGAAGAUAGCAUAAGAGCUACUUGUUAUCCAGCUGACCAAUUUUUGAGCAAGUUGAAGAAUCCUGUGGACGAUGAAGAUUGCCCAGUAGUGGUAGACGGCCAGUUCAUAACUUCACAGGGACCGGGAACAGCGCUCCACUUUAGUUUGACUUUAGUAGAGAAACUGUAUGGAAGACAAAAAGCGGAAGAACUAGCAGCUCUUAUGUUGCUAACACCUGAAGAUGGUUUAUUUACUGGUGUUGGUAGUGACGGCAACUUGCAGGCUGUUGAUGUUCAAGAAGAAGCUGCUUUGUAGACUGGUGUAUCUGGGCUAGCUGGUUUGGGGUUUUUGGUUUCUUGUAGAAUUGACAUU